UUGUGAACUUCCUCUCCCUACUCUCCCUUGUGGCGCUGUAAUUGUACAUUUCCAAAGAUCCUCCGGAAACUAGCUCAAAAGCACAUGUGGUCAUCACUCAGUAACGGUGGAUUUAGAAUUCUGCGCUGUCGCCUUUUUUAUCUGCCACAAGCGAUUCCCAUUAACCCUCUUUCUUUGUUGCAUUCCGAGUUUCGAACCCAAAUUUUGAUGGACAGUGGGAACAAAAGCGCUUCUUUUACUGCUUUUGCUGGUUCCAGCAGAAGUGGUGGGGGUAGAGGAAGAGGACUAGAGAAGAACGAUAGCCGGGAAAGAUCAAGAGGCCGAGGUGGCGGUGGCGUUUCUUCUGGCAAAGAUAAAAUUGAUGCUCUUGGCAGACUCCUAACACGUAUAUUACGGCACAUGGCUUCUGAGUUGAAAUUGGACAUGAGGAAUGAUGGAUAUGUCAAGGUCCAAGACCUUCUAAAGCUAAAUUUGAAAACGCUUGCCAAUAUUCCGUUAUGCUCACACACAGUUGAUGAAGUUAGAGAGGCUGUCAGAAAGGACAACAAACAGAGGUUUAGCCUAUUGGAAGAAAAUGGGGAGCUUUUUAUACGUGCAAACCAAGGGCACACCAUAGCGACAGUUGAAACAGAGAGCUUGUUAAAACCUAUACUUUCGCCUGAAGAAGUUCCAGUCUGUGUACAUGGGACAUACAGGAAGAACUUGGAAUCAAUUUUAAAACAUGGUCUCAAACGCAUGCAGAGAUUGCAUGUACACUUCUCUUGCGGCUUGCCAACAGAUGGCGAAGUUAUUAGUGGGAUGAGACGAGAUGUCAAUUUGUUGAUCUUUCUUGAUGUAAAAAAAGCUUUGGAAGAGGGAAUGAAGCUUUACAUUUCGGAGAACAGGGUGAUCUUGACUGAGGGUUUCGAUGGAGUGGUUCCCAUAAAGUAUUUCCAGAAGAUAGAAUCAUGGCCGAAAAGGGAGACCAUACCCUUUUAGACUGGCAAGUAUAAUUCGUCCUUUUUAGCAUUAUUCAUUGAAUUGCAAAUGACUAGUUUGAACAAGUUCUGUUGAAGCUUCCAACUCCAAAAGCAUUAUGUUUUUGACUGAUGUAUUGAAAUAUAGGUAUAGGGGCCAGUGGCGCUAAAAUGGUAGUCAUUAAGUUAUUCUCAACAGAAUAUCUCGUGGAUCGUAUGGGAUAUACAACACACUUGUAUCAUGCAUAACUAGAAGUGUCAAAAUGGGACGGAUUUACUUUUCAUAGGCUUGAUAGGCUGUGAUGGUGUAAUAGAACCUCUGAUUAAUCUUAGUGGACUUGAUUUCUUUGGUAGCGAGCUCGAUGGCAGAUUAUUGGAAUAUUGGCAAUAUUCAAAAUUACAUAUAAACAUAAUUGCGCUUGUGCUGGUGAA